GCUGACCCUCAAUCCACCAAUUAAUUGUAGUUACACAGUUUAGUCACUAGAUGGCAGAGGUCUAUGGUGGGCUGUGAGCACAGACAAACAAUCGUUUGUUUACGCUUGUUGCAAUGGCGACCAUCACAGAGCUCAAGUGUGCUGUGAGGGAAACACUGGAGUCCCGUGGUGUGCUGGGCCAACUGAAGGCUCGUAUCCGGGCAGAGGUGUUCAGCGCCCUGGAUGACCAGCGUGAACCUCGUCCGCCGCUUUCCCACGAAAACCUGCUCAUCAACGAGCUCAUUCGGGAGUAUCUGGAGUUCAACAAGUACAAAUACACGGCGUCAGUUUUGACAGCAGAGUCAGGCCAACCUGAAGUUCCCUUGGACAGACAGUUCCUGGCAAAUGAGCUGAAAAUCACAGAGGAUACAAGCUCCAAGUCUGUACCUCUUCUCUACGGCUUGGUGAGCCACUUCAUGAACAGCAGUGAUAAUGGUGGAAAAGUGUUUCUGCGGGGAGCCUCUCUGCCAAGUGGUACCACUGCCAGCAACGCAGUGCCUGGACCUGAUGACUAAAAGUUGACACACUGAGCAUACUGGAACAGCAUGGACUGAGAAGAAAUGAAAUUUGCAUCAUCUUGUUGGAUUUUAAUGAUGUAAUCUUCAUCUGUAAGUGUAACCUGCAGGCGUUACAGCAUGGUCUAUUCAAAUUCUACUGAGCUGCUAAAAAUGCACAAAGCCUUUGUGAUGUUUUUUACCUCCAAGUUGUCAGUGAUUCCACAUGGCCUUAUUUGUUUAGGUUUUAAUAAAUGGCUUUAGGCUCAGCUUCAGUCAUGGUUUUGCUGCAGUAAUCUUAAUGCUCUUUUUUUAAUAAUACAAGUUUUCUACUUUUAUAUUAUCCUUUGGUUGUUCAAAAAUAAAUGUUUUAUAUUUAUACACUA